GCGCAGCGGGCGCGGGUGUGGUAUGCCCGCGCGUCGCCGCCAUGGCCCCAAUGCUGGCGGCCUUGGCGCUGCUCGCCCUGAUACCCGUAUCGGAGCAAGGACCGCAUGAGAAGCGUCUUCUGAACGCUCUCCUCAACUCCUACAAUACACUGGAGCGACCGGUAGCCAACGAGAGUGACCCGCUUGAGGUCAAGUUUGGACUCACGCUGCAACAGAUCAUUGACGUGGAUGAGAAAAAUCAAAUCCUGACUACGAACGUCUGGCUUAACUUGGACGAGAAGAAUCAACUACUUAUAACCAAUAUAUGGCUGUCAUUGGAAUGGAAUGACUACAACCUAAGGUGGAAUGACAGUGAUUAUGGGGGUGUCAAAGAUCUACGCAUCACACCAAACAAGUUAUGGAAACCAGACGUUCUUAUGUACAAUAGUGCUGACGAGGGUUUUGACGGGACGUACCAGACCAACGUGGUGGUCAGAAACAACGGCAGUUGCCUGUACGUACCCCCGGGCAUUUUCAAGAGCACAUGCAAGAUAGACAUCACCUGGUUUCCCUUCGAUGACCAACAUUGCGACAUGAAGUUCGGUAGCUGGACUUACGACGGCAAUCAGCUGGACCUGGUGUUAAAGGAUGAAGCAGGUGGAGACCUAUCAGACUUUAUAACAAAUGGAGAGUGGUAUUUAAUAGGUAUGCCAGGAAAGAAGAAUACCAUCACUUACGCUUGCUGUCCAGAACCGUAUGUGGAUGUUACGUUUACGAUUAUGAUAAGAAGAAGAACGUUAUACUAUUUCUUCAAUUUGAUAGUUCCCUGUGUACUGAUAUCUUCUAUGGCUCUUCUCGGCUUUACACUUCCACCUGACUCCGGAGAGAAACUUACACUCGGAGUCACUAUUCUUCUAUCGCUGACGGUGUUCCUCAACCUGGUUGCUGAGACCCUGCCGCAGGUCUCCGACGCAAUUCCCUUGUUAGGAACUUACUUCAACUGCAUCAUGUUUAUGGUGGCCUCGUCUGUGGUGCUAACGGUCGUCGUUCUAAAUUACCAUCAUCGUACAGCCGACAUACACGAAAUGCCUCAAUGGAUAAAAACAGUGUUCCUGCAAUGGCUACCGUGGAUCUUACGCAUGUCGAGGCCGGGGAAGAAAAUAACGAGAAAAACAAUAAUGAUGUCAAAUAGAAUGAGAGAGUUAGAACUGAAGGAGCGUUCGUCGAAAUCGCUACUAGCCAACGUGUUGGAUAUAGACGACGAUUUUAGACACGUACCGCCACCUCCAAACAGUACCGCAUCAACGGGGAACUUGGGACCUGGAUGUUCAAUAUUUAGAACGGAUUUUCGACGUUCGUUCGUCCGACCGUCGACCAUGGAAGACGUCGGCGGCGGUCUCGGGAGCCACCAUCGAGAACUACACUUAAUAUUAAGGGAGUUGCAGUUUAUCACGGCAAGGAUGAAGAAAGCUGAUGAGGAAGCUGAACUUAUAAGCGACUGGAAAUUCGCAGCGAUGGUAGUGGACAGGUUCUGUUUGUUCGUGUUCACGCUAUUUACGAUCAUCGCGACGGUGGCCGUGCUGCUGUCGGCGCCGCAUAUCAUCGUGCAGUGA